AUGUAUGCUAAGGUCAAUUUAGGUCCAAUUGUGCGCAUUACACCUCACGAGCUGCAUGUGAAGGAUCCGAAUUUUUACGACGAGAUAUAUGCAGGGGCCACUAGGCCGAGAAAUAGAUACCUUCCCUCCAUACGGAUGCUUGGGCUUCCUCAAUCUUCAGCGGCAACAGUUGAACAUGAUCUCCACCGUUCACGUCGACGGGUGCUGACAAGCUAUUUCUCCAAGCAAUCGGUCAUGCGACUUGAGUCCCUUAUUAAUAAGAAGAUUGAAAAGCUCCUCAAACGUUUUGAAAAGUUUCACGAAGAUGGCACAGUAGUUCGAUUGGACUCGGCCUUCUCGGCUCUGGCGGGUGAUAUUACUUCACAUUAUACUUAUGGCUACAGCUAUGACUACCUUGACCAUGAAGUAUUCCGAAACGACGUCAGGGAAGCAAUUAUAAACUUGUUGGGCAUUGGACACAUAGCCAAGUUUUUUCCGUUUAUACCUUUCAUGCUUCGAAAUAUUCCUCAACGUGUUGUCCGCUGGUAUCACCCGGGAGCUGCACAAGUUUUGGAAUUUCGCAAUACUCUUCGCCGACAAUCAAUUGAAACACUAAGAAAUUCUGGGCGUGGACAUCGCGAGGAUCAGACAAUAUUCGAUGCGCUGAAUGACCCACGCCUGGAAAAGCAGGAGCGAACAAUCAGCCGGUUAGAGAAUGAAGCGUUCCUAAUACUUGCCGCAGGGACUGAAACAACUGCACAACCACUGAAUGUGAUUUUGUUUCACUUACUUGACAACAAACGACUAUUGUCAAAGCUGCAUUACGAGAUGAAACAAAUCAUGCCGGAACUGAACAGUUUUGUUUCAUGGACCUCAUUAGAAAAGAUUCCUUAUUUGAGAGCAGUAGUCUACGAGGGUAUUCGGCUUGCCAACGGCCCAAUGAGUCGACUUCCACGUGUUGCGCCGAAUGAAGCACUGAAAUACCAAGGUUGGGUUAUCCCACCAGGUACUCCUGUGAAGGGGGCCAUUUAG